UUAUAUCUUUCCUUUUCUCCUUUGCCUUUCGCUGCUCUUCCUUUCUCAGCUCUUUAUAAGGCCUCCUCAGGCAACCAUAAACUGUAUGAAAACAGCAUAAACUGUAUGGAACCUUAGAUGAGAAGAAAAGGAUUCCAGGCAUAGAGGAUAUUGUGUGCAAGAUUCAAAUGUUUGAAACAAGGCGUAUUCUGUAUUACCAUAUAGAUUAGUAAUUCCUAGUUAAAAGUAGUGAAACUAAUUGCUUUUGUUUGUUUUAGUCUUGGGAGCCAAUAAUUAUUUUGACCUAUUUCUUGUGUUCAUGUAAUAUGUCAGUGAAGGUGGAAAUGUGUCUUAAACAAUUUUGAAGGAAAUAAUCUUAAAUGGUAGCAAAAGAUUAUUUGGUUCAAAAUGAAAAAAAUUCUUACUGAUAACUGAUUACUGGAAUAUAUUGCUAGGGAGAUUACAGAGCUCCUCCUACUCUGUAAAAUUUGAUAAUUUAGACCAGGAUUGGUAAACUUUUCCUGUAGAAGGCCAGGUAAAAAAUAUUUUUGUUGGGAAAAUGGCCAGAGGCCGGAUGUAAGCGUGGGACACAGCUGUGUUCCGGUAACGCCAUGAACCGAGCCCGGCAGCUGGGUUUGGCCUGUGGCCCCUGGUCCCUCCUGCCUCAGAUCACUAAGGUGAAGGCUGCAGAAUGGUCUGGAGACCUCCCGGUGUCCUUUCUGCUACUGUAUUUCUGAGGUGCUCUGUAUGGCUUGGACUCUAUCAAGAAGAAUUUCAAAUCCAUAUCUCGAACAUACUCCAUCCCAGAUUUAUGGGGAGAAUUCUUCUUGUGCAGGAAGAGCAUUGCGGAAUAUUAUCAUCGUUCAGGCAGCUGACCUGAUAAAGGACAGAGCGAACCUCAAGGGGUUUUAUAGGAGAAGCUGCGUUGGGUCAGAACUGGUGGACUGGCUGCUGGAACACUGUCCUUUCGUCCAGUGCAGAUCUAUGGCCAUAGGGGUCUGGCAGCUCCUACUGGACAUGGGGAUUCUGUCGUCAGUGGACCAGCAUUUAUACUUUCAGGACACCUAUGUUUUCUACCAGUUUUCAUCUGAGGAGUGUAGCUACUUGUACUGUGAGUUUGAGAGAGAAGAGGAGUGGCAGAACGGCGUCAGACUCUUACUGCAGCUUGUGCCUCUCAUUCCCAGUCGCGCUGGCAUCUGUGAACUAUCUCAUCAGAAAAUUGAAGACUCAGAAGAGAGCAGCGAUGAAAUUCUUGCCCGUCUAACGUCUGCGGUGCAGAGAGAGCUAGCAGCUGUUAUUGCUUUGAAAGCAAGGAAGUCUGCACUUGCACAAGAUGAAGAAAAUGGUGACAAACACGUGACUGUGACAGAGGCUGAAGCUGCUGCAGAUCCUCAGGCCGGCAUGAUGUGCAAACUUCAGGAGAGAGAUGAUAUCGGGCGAAUUGAACUGGUCCAGAAGCUGGCAAGAGAAAGCUGUCAGUUUUUGCAGACCGACAAAAAAGAACAGGAGAAGUCUGAACACCAGGAUGAUGAAGUGACGACGGUUGAGGUGAAAGAGCAGGACCAGAAUGUCCUGGUGCUGAAGAAAGUGCAGAGCUGCGGCCCAGCCCCCCAGGCGGGGAGCGCCGAGAGUGAUUGGAGAUACGUGGUCGUGUCCGGGACCCCGGAGAAGAUCUUGGAGCAUCUUUUGAAUGACUUGCACCUGGAAGAAGUCCAGGACAAAGAAACAGAGACUCUCCUUGAUGACUUCCUUCUCACGUACACAGUCUUCAUGACAACUGACGACUUGUGCCAGGCGCUGUUGAGGCACUAUUCUGCUAAGAAGUAUCAAGGCAAAGAAGAAAAUUCAGAUGUUCCUUGUCGGAAACGGAAGGUCUUGCAUCUUGUUUCCCAGUGGAUUGCUCUAUACAAAGACUGGUUACAUGAAGAUGAACAUUCAAAAAUGUUUUUAAAGACCAUAUACAGGAAUGUGCUGGAUGAUGUCUAUGAAUACCCAAUACUUGAAAAAGAGCUGAAAGAAUUUCAGAAGAUACUUGGAAUGCACCGUCGUCACACUGUAGAUGAAUACUCACCGCAAAGGAAGAAUAAAGCCCUUUUCCACCAAUUCAGUCUGAAGGAGAACUGGCUGCAGCACAGAGGAACUGUGACAGAAAGUGAGGAAAUUUUCUGCCACGUGUACAUAACGGAGCACUCAUACGUCAGUGUGAAGGCCACUGUUUCCAGUACAGCCCAAGAGAUCCUGAGGGUUGUGGCAGAAAAGAUCCAACAUGCGGAAGAGGAUCUGGCUCUGGUAGCUGUCGCCUUCUCUGGGGAAAAGCAUGAGCUUCAGCCAAACAACUUGGCCAUCUCCAAAUCCCUUGAUGCCUCUGGUCGGAUAUAUGUCUACCGGAAAGACCUGGCCGACACUUUGAAUCCGUUUGCAGAAAAUGAGGAAUCACAGCAAAGGUCGAUCAGGAUUUUGGGAAUGAACACUUGGGAUCUUGCUCUGGAAUUAAUGAAUUUUGAUUGGAGCCUUUUCAAUUCAAUUCACGAGCAAGAGCUGAUCUACUUCACAUUCAGCAGACAAGGAAGCGGGGAGCACACGGUGAACCUGAGCCUGCUGCUCCAGAGAUGCAAUGAGGUCCAGCUCUGGGUGGCCACGGAGAUUCUGCUCUGCAGCCCACUGGGCAAGCGAGUGCAGCUGGUGAAAAAAUUCAUCAAAAUUGCCGCUCACUGCAAAGCCCAGAGAAACCUGAACUCCUUCUUUGCUAUCGUGAUGGGUCUCAACACUGCUUCUGUGAGCCGGCUGUCUCAGACCUGGGAGAAAAUCCCUGGGAAGUUUAAGAAACUUUUCUCUGAACUUGAAAGUUUAACAGAUCCAUCCCUGAAUCACAAAGCCUACCGAGACGCAUUCAAGAAAAUGAAGCCACCCAAAAUCCCCUUCAUGCCGUUAUUGCUUAAAGAUGUAACGUUCAUUCAUGAGGGAAAUAAAACAUUUCUGGAUAAUCUUGUCAACUUUGAAAAACUGCACAUGAUCGCCGACACUGUCCGAACCCUGAGACACUGCAGGACCAACCAGUUUGGAGGUGACGUAUCUCCAAAAGAGCACCCGGAGCUAAAGUCGUACGUGCAUCACCUGUACAUCAUUGACAGCCAGCAAGCCCUGUUCGAGCUCUCGCACAGGAUCGAGCCGCGGGUAUGAGCCCCACCACGCACUGCCUCGCCUCCCCCGGAACCGCAGCGCCAAGCGUGUUAUGUUCCUGCGAGAAAAGUUGCUGAGUUUUAUCAGCGUAUCACAAUAAGAUGCACACAGCAAAGCCAGCCAGAAUGUGCUCAGGAAGUGAUGUCAGCCACCUGAGUUGGGGAGAGGCUGCUAUCGAAAGAAGACGGCAGAAGAGGCAGAAACUUUCUCGAAAUGAGAAGUCUGGCUUUUUAGGAUCACCGCGUUGAGCCAAUCCAUUGUUCACUUUGCGACGUGCCAGCGUCAAGGCAGGAGGCCGCCCCUUGUCCUGCGGUGACCAGACAGCUCAGUUAGAGUGCACAGGAGCCAGAGGGGAGCUUUACUUGGCCUGGCAGUAGAUGGCUGUGUAUAGGCUGUCAGAGUAGGAGCUCGUUUGAACACUCAAAGACAGUGAUGGCAUCUCUAGGUUUCUAUGGAGAUGGACUGGUCCCCAUCGUUACAAACUAGGACAUCACCAAGAGCUACUUGUGUCUAAGGAGGCAGUGAGCACUGGCAGCUGCCACCCCUGCUCUAAUCUCCAGAAGAGAAACGUCGAGGCAUGCAUUUCUUAGCAGCUCAGUCACUUAGUGCUGUAUGCUUGUGGGUAAAAUUCAUCUCUGCACAACUUGAUUUACAACUGUAAGUGAGUUAGACUAAGUUGCUUUGCCAAUACGGAAAAAUAGUCAUCUUUAAGAAACUGACUCACUGUUUACUUUCUGGGGAUUUUCUUUACAUGUACAGACAAGCUCUCAUCUCUCCUCAAAUACAGUACAAUUUUUGACAAAAGCACAGUGCCUGCCACGUCGCGGGCACUCUGUAACUGUUUCUGGGGGUGACAGAGUCACAUAAGUCCAUCAUCUUGCACCUGGCAGUCCCCUCGUGUUCUCACGCUUCGGCCACCUCGUGCCUACACUCUGGAAUGAGAAGCACCAGUACAGGGGUGUACAUGGGAUUUGAUCAGUGGAGCGCUUAGUGCUCCCUGGAGAAGAAGAAGGGAUAUAAAACAGUGGCAAUGGCCUGUCUUUCAGCAGAUGAAAAGAGCCCCCAGAGAUCCAAAUAUCUGAUUUAUGUUGGACACUUAGAAGUCCUGUAGCCCACCUCCCAACCAAGGCAGGGGGCCCUUCUAUAAUUUGCCUCUUUUUUCUUCUCAAAGUCUCAGUCUUUUAGAUCUCUUUUUAUUUCCAUUUUUAGAGAUUGGGGCUCCUACGGUAAAUAAGACCUCUGGCUGUUCUCACGAAAUGGUUUGCCUCAACCUUCAAAUGAACAAAAAAGACCUGUGGGAAACAAUAUUGAAAUCCAUCCCUGCCAGCCAGAUCCUUGUCACUUCGCUUAAAUACAAAGUUCCUGCUUCCCAUAUUAGGUCCAUUCAUUUCCACACGUGUGGCCCUGGAGCCCCUCUCGCCAGCCCUGCCAGCUCCUCUCCUCGGCGCCUGUGCAGAACCGCUUCCUCCUCUCAUCAGCACGUCAGCACUGAGAUGUGUCCAGUGCUUUCCGACACCUUCGUAGCAGUGCUGUUCCCUGGGCUUGGCAACCACGCUGACCUGGAGAGAUCACUCGAAAGAACCGCAUGGAGCAAAUUUGGGGAGGACUUUGAGAGUCUGUCCCAUUGCGUCCUUCAGUCCUGAAAAUGAACAGAGCUUGACAGAAAGGCACCAUCCUGGGCUGGUCCACUCAGAGAAAUGCCCCAGGCAGCUGGGAAUGGAAUGAGACUCACUGGAAGCGAUCAGAACCAUCAGAACCAGGGAAAAGCGAUUUCUCACGAGGCUGAUCAAACAGUGAGGCGCUCCCCUUGGCGAUUACUGGUGACGGUGUGGGCUGACAGCACCCGUGUGUUUUGGUCUUUUCUCUAUUCUUAGGCAGUAGCAUUUAGCCAUUCUGAUCCUGUGAGGCUGUUUUGACAUCAUCUCUGUGUUUUAGAGUUUGGUGAUUAUUCGCAUUAGAUUUACACUGCUCCGUCUAGAAAUACUGCAGUUGCCCCAGUGGAGAGCUAUUUCAGCACAGCACCUGCUGCUUGGACCUCAGCUCAGAUAUGUGCAUGGCCAAACAAAUCCACAUGUACAUCGGGCCUGAACAGAUUCUGAGGGUGCAUUUAGUUUACCCCCAAGUGGUAUGAGUGGAAACAGACUGGGAAGAGAAGGGCGCUUGCCUUCUGUUUCCCCCAGUCACGGGGUGCACGUGGCUCUCGGGCUCUCCCCUAGUCAUGGGGCUCAUGUGGCUCUCGGGGUCUCCCCCAGUCAUGGGGCACACAUGGCUCUCGGGGUCUCCCCCAGUCAUGGGGUUCACGUGGCUCUUGAGGUCUCCCCCAGUCAUGGGGCUCACGUGGCUCUCGGGCUCUCCCCCAGUCAUGGGGCUCACAUGGCUCUCAGGGCAGCAAAAGGAAAGGAGGAUUUUGUUCUGUUUAGAUGUGCUUUUCCAUCCCCAUCUUCUGAAAGUCAUAAUCUCCAAAUCUUCUGAAAUUUAACAACAGUCUCCAGAGGUUUCUCUGGCAGCAGGUCUCAGAAAUUUCAGAAGCACUGAGAAGGCCUGAAUCUGGAACUGAAGGAUUCAAGCAGGAUCAUGGGGACCAGAUCAAGCUUAACAUGAGACUCUUUCUAACAAGUCUGGAGUUGUCCCAGUGAGCAGGCUGCACGGAAUUUAAGCUGGGUCCCUAUUAAUAGGGGUAGGUCAUAUUCCCUCACCAGGAAGAUGUAUAAGCUCCUUUCCAACUCUUAGAUUUUCACAGUUGCAUAAAAUCUCCGUUCACUCUGAAACAUCUCAUGUAUCAGCAACCUUCACCAGCGAGGAGUGCAUGGGCCCUUCUAAGAGGGUUCUUUUUGCUACAGCACAACUUUCAGACAGUCCUGUGUGUCUUUGGAUUUGUCAGCAUUCCAGCAAACCAGCCCUCUUUAGAAAUUAGCAAAGGACAGUGUGCUUGUUGAUCAGUUGUGUCUGACUCUUUGUGACCCCAUGAACUGUAGCCCACCAGGCUCCUCUGUCCAUGGGAUUCUCCAGGCAAGAGUACUGGACUGUGUAGCGCCAUUCCCUUCUCCAGGAUCUUCCUAAACCAGGGGCUGAACCCAGGUCUCCUGCAUUGCAGGCAGAUUCUUUACCAUCUGAGCCACCAGGGAAGCCCCAGCAACAGUUCCCAAUAGGCAAAAUCAUAACCAUUCCAAAAAUAUUAAAUUUUUUCAUACGCAUUUGCAGAUGCUCCAAAGACCACAGUUUUUAAAUUUACUCUGUUACAAUCUGUACAAUUGCUGAAUGGUUGUAGUGAUACUUAUUAUCACCUACAUUUACUUUAUUCUGAUAUCUCAGAAUAAAUUUAUUGUCUUAGACCCCUAUCCACAAGCAAGUUGGGUAGAGCAUACCUGAAAUUCUGAGGCAUGAGGACAAAGUAAAAGCCCACCCCUCUCAAUUUGUGGGGAGAGGUGUACUCACCUCUGCAUAGGGAGAAGCAGUAGUGUGAAAGAGAAGGUGUUGGUGGCUUUCAAUCCCUGGAGCUUGGCCUUGACGGCUGCCCUGAUCCCCACCCUGUGGUUUUGUUGUGGGCAUCACUCACCACAGAUCCCAAGUGUCGCUGGGUGGCACAGGGAAUCCAAACUAAUCAGAAACUAGCGGCAGAUCAGAUCCACUGUGGUGGUCUAACGCGGAGUUUCUUUUAAAUGCGGUCUAAUGCAGAGUUUCUUUUAAAUGCUUCAAAGACGUGUCCUUAAAAUUUCAGCCUGCUUAUUAACCAGUGAGCCAUUGUGCUUAGAACCAGUGCUGGAAAAAUGUUUUUUAAAAUUGCCAAAAAGUUAAAUGAAAAUGUACUAUAUAAAGCAAAGCUGUAUAUACUAAACAUUUUUUAGCAGAGUAUUAUUUAUUUGCAUAGCCUAUUUAUUGUAUUCGUAUUACACUUGUUUAUUAAAGACUGGGAUGAAGUCAACCAGAAGCAAGGACUCUUGAGUGCUGUGACCUUGUCAGCUUGUGUUAACAGUUAGAAGAUAGAAAACCUGCGAUCAGGGCGCCUACCUAACUUCUCAGGGACUACACUUCGUAGUUUUCCACCAUUAGAAGAGCUGGUAAAUAUGAAACACUUGUGGAAUUACCAGAAUUGCCAUUAACAGUAUUUUCUUUCUCAUAUCUCAUGCUUUCUGCUUCUGUACAUAUGACUGUGCUGUGUAUUUAUCAAAGCUAGUAAGCAAUAAUUUAUAUGUAAAAAUGGCCAAGCAAUAUAAGGUGAAAACUUAUGUAAGUUACUGUUACCUUGUAUUUUCAAGUGUUUUUUUAAAAAACUGCUUUUCCAAAUAUAAGAUUAUGUUAAAGAUACACUA